UUCUUUACUUCCAAGAAAAAAACUUUUGCAGGCAAGGCCGAGGUCGCGCGGUGCCAAUCUGCAAAUUCCAAACGAAAACUCAGUACCACUCUCUCUCUCUCUCUCUCUCUCUCUCACACACACACACACACACACUCUCUCUCUCUCUCUAGAUAGUUAUGGCUACUUCUGCACCGCCCUUUCCUGUGCCUCACAACAAGCUCUCACUCGAUAUUAAGGGGAACAAAACAGAUAUAAUCAUUAGUAGCUAUGAUGAUCAUUUUCUUGUCAUUGCAACUCAAAUAGGAAGCAUGGGGACAAUACUGCAUGCCAGAAAGGAGGAAGGAUUAUUAUCAAUUCAUCCAACCUUCCAUGUGUCCGUGAUAUUUGGUAAACGAGAUGAGCCAAUGCUAGUGACGUGUGCUCGGCAGCUGAUUGAACACAUUAGUAGCUCUGGCUCUUCAAGACCAUUGGUGCUCUCUCUUGGCCUGAAAGACCACUCUGUGGCAACGCUGAAAGGCAUAGUUUCUGCUGUGAUCGAGAACCGGCUUUGGUAACUGGUGGUGCCAAGUUCUUAGGGUUUGCUGAUUGAUCUUGUAUGCAAUCUGGACUCAACAUUCUCUAUCAUUGCAAUUUGAUACUUGAAAGCUGUGUGCAAUUUGAUAAAGUUAAAGCUUGUACGAUGUUGUCAUGUCAAGCUGGUACUUGCACAAAAUCUUCCUCUAUAUUUUAUGAUUUUAAUUUUCAA